UUUGUAUUUCUUAUCUGGGAAGAUUUUACCAGGAUCUCAAAGACAGAGAUGUCACAUUCUCACCAGCCACUAUUGAAAAAGAACUUAUAAAAUUCUGCCGUGAAGCAAGAGGCAAAGAGAAUCGGUUGUGCUACUACAUAGGGGCCACAGAUGACGCAGCCACCAAGAUCAUCAAUGAGGUGUCAAAGCCCCUGGCCCACCACAUCCCUGUAGAGAAGAUCUGUGAGAAGCUCAAGAAGAAGGACAGCCAGAUCUGUGAGCUCAAGUAUGACAAGCAAAUCGACCUGAGCACAGUGGACCUGAAGAAGCUCCGAGUGAAAGAGCUGAAGAAGAUCCUGGACGACUGGGGGGAGACAUGCAAAGGCUGCGCAGAAAAGUCCGACUACAUCCGGAAGAUACAUGAACUGAUGCCUAAAUACGCCCCCAAGGCAGCCAGCGCUAGGACUGAUUUGUAGUCUGCCCGGUCCCUGCUGCACCUGAGGAAAAACAAUUCCACUGUCUCUUCCCAAAACCGCCUUUUGUAAUUUAUUUUUUAAGCGGGCUCCUGACAAUAUCAGGUGUGAAGCCUGGAGCUUUCCUGAUGAUGCUGGCUCUCCACAGCCCCCCGGGGGGCUCUACUUCCUUCUGUUGCUGGUUUACUCUAGGACUUCAAAGUGUGUCUGGGAUUUUUUUAUUAAAGGAAAAAAUUUCUAGCUGU